AGUGAUGGAGACCUGGGCUAUGAUAUCUUCGUUCCAUCUUCCUCGGCUUCACGUGGAGCCACUAACUCCUAGCCCUCUGUACAUACUAGUACAUCAUGUUGCCCGUGGCUACCUUAUGUACGAGUGUGGAGUGUGUGGACGCGUGGAACGCAAGCAUCUCCCUUCUCCCACGUGGUCCCCUCCCUCUGAACCGAUGCAUCCGAACCCAAACUUCGGCUGCCCUAACGAUUAGAAAACCGAGCACCCCCCAUCGAAUUAGGUAUUUGUCACUCCAGAUUAUGCCCAAACAACGACAAGAAUGUAUAGCGACAGGGGUAUUCCUUCCUUCUUUUCUUGUUCACUCCUCGUCCUAUUUAUCCUCAUUAUUCGCCCGAGAACCAAUAACAGCGCGCAAUCAAGCUGAACCUCCUCGGCACACUCUCGGUAUCGGGUUCUUAACCCCGAGUUCAGCUCGAGACAAGGACUGGACUGGGUGGAGAUCAUGCCACCCAUGCCCCACCCCACGACCUCCGUUCGAUGGGAACCAAAAAGUCAAUCACAAACACUUCGUCUUUUCAUAUCGGGGUGCAGACGUCACGUGCGUUCGAGGUACAUACAUUAGAAACUCGAAGAGAGAGUGGCAACGGAUCAUCUCAAAUCUUGCACGCUUCCCCCGCCCAAAGUGAAAAACAGGCUGCCCGGCUCAUCCGGUUGCAAAACACACCAUCUUGGGGCAGCAGGAUCGGGGCUACCGGGGGGGGGAAACAAUGGCAAGGCAAACCCAACAAAUCGAGAUCGGAUCGUGGCGAGCAUGUGGUUCCUCCACUGCUCCCGACUGGAACCCGACAUGAAAACUGAUAUCCCUGCUGCGCUAAUCCGUACUGAGGAAAGUCGCGAUUCGGAGAGUCGCCCUUCGCCAGGACCCUGUCC